GCGCAAUUAAAAUCUGAAAAAAAUUUUUUUUUGCUCUCAAAAUUUUGUUGUUAUUGUAUAGGGUUUCAAAAUUCAUAUUUAUUUCAUAUAUAUAAAAAAAAACAAAAAAAAUCCUUUGUGGUGUAGAUUUUUAAGUGUAAACUUUUAAGUUUUUAAGGUUUUUAAAGUGAAAUGGACGCAGCGGAUAGGUCUUCGAAACUUGCAGACAACUUCCUGUACAUGUUGGAGUUUGUGGUGGAUGACCUGCUGAUUACGCGCCCGAAUUUUUGUGCCCCUGAGGAAUAUCCCACCUGCACGGAGAUCACCUUUCGGUCGAUUUUCUUGAACAUCCGUGAUCGGGAGAAUGGCACCUGUGUUAGUCCCUGUUCACCCAAGACCGGGAAGUGCGUCCUGUUCAACCUGGAUACCCCGCUUACGGACGAGGAUGUGAUGCAUAUACAUGUGUACAAGAAACGCACGGAGAGCUGCAAGUUCUUGCUCGGAUUGACGGAGCUGCCGAUGAAGCCGAUCUUCGACAGGGUGAAGCAGCAAUUCGAUUCGAUAAACACAAACUGGGAGGAGAACGUGAUGACGCACGUUUCGCGAUUGCCCAGGAUCAGGGGUCCCUGCAAGAAGACCAACAAUUGUGACUGCUAUGAGAGGAAUAAGGCGCGCCUGGAGAGUUGGUGUCCCACAUCGGAGAUAACCAAGCGAAUGCUGCCCCUCUUCAAUCUCUGCAAGAUGCAAACGGGAAACAUAGUCCUGCUCUUAAGAUUGGUGUGCAAUGGUCCCUCAGUGGUCUCCUCGUUUCCCGUGGUUUCCAUUCCCAAAUGCAAGGACCCCUGCUGCUCUUCGUGCUGUCGCUGCACAGAAACAUGGCCUGCUCCUUGUUCAUCGACCAUUGAUCCCUGUGAUCCUUGCAAAUCCGUGAUCACUAAGAAGAAGUAAGCAGGAGCAACUGCUGCAAGGAUUUAAGUGUUGACAAGGCUACGCCGCUGAUUGCCUACUAUUAAUUGCUAUAGUAGAUCAAUUAAAUUUUAUAACCAUAAAUAAAGUAUUUUACACUCUUCUUACAUCAA